AUGAUGAUGGCAAUGACUGGAAGGCUCUUCUCUACAGGCGCCAUAGUCCGUGGUGCCGUGUCUCACACUCAUCUUCUUCACCCUAGGGCUCCAGCGAUCGGAGGCGUGAGAGAUUUCAGCAAGAUGACAUUUGACAAGAAGAAAACGGAACCGGAGAAUCAAUCGGAGAGUGAAGGCAAGGCUGAUGAAGGUAACAAAGGAGAGCAAUUAAUCGUUAGUUAUUGGGGCGUGAAACCGAUGAAGAUCACAAAAGAAGAUGGCACUGAAUGGAAAUGGAGUUGCUUUCGUCCAUGGGAGACUUACAAGGCAGAUCUCUCGAUAGAUUUGAAGAAGCAUCACGUUCCAUCGACUUUACCUGAUAAACUAGCUUACUGGACGGUUAAAUCUCUCCGAUGGCCAACGGAUCUCUUCUUCAGGAGACGCUACGGAUGCCGAGCAAUGAUGCUGGAAACGGUUGCGGCGGUUCCGGGAAUGGUCGGAGGAAUGUUGAUACACUGCAAAUCUCUCAGGCGGUUUGAACAAAGCGGCGGUUGGAUCAAAGCCCUCCUCGAAGAAGCGGAGAACGAGAGAAUGCACUUGAUGACGUUCAUGGAAGUCGCGAAACCUAAUUGGUACGAAAGAGCUCUCGUGAUCGCCGUUCAGGGAGUUUUCUUUAACGCUUACUUCUUCGGAUACCUAAUCUCGCCGAAGUUUGCUCAUCGUAUGGUUGGAUACCUUGAGGAAGAAGCAAUCCACUCUUACACUGAAUUUCUCAAGGAACUCGAUAAUGGUAAUAUUGAAAACGUUCCUGCACCGGCCAUUGCUAUCGAUUACUGGAAGCUUGAAGCAGAUGCGACGCUUCGUGAUGUAGUUAUGGUGGUUCGUGCUGAUGAAGCGCAUCACCGUGACGUUAACCAUUAUGCAUCUGAUAUUCACUAUCAAGGUCGUGAGCUCAAGGAAGCUCCUGCCCCAAUUGGAUAUCAUUGA